AGCUUUGCACAGUUUCCCUUUUACCGUUGCUUCAUGUUCUCUUUACCCUUACCAAAGUCCGCGUCACGGAGUUCUAGUUCGGAAAAAGCUCCCGCGGAAUCUGUUCAGCUCAGUCCAUUCUUGGCAUUGAUUGAAACGAUCUUAAAGCUAACACAACCAAAGAGUCAUCACUCAUCAGUUAGCAAGGGAGAAUAUGGAGCAAAUUCCAUGGAAUUUGUUGAUUUUGGCAACAGCGUGUUUUGUGAUAAAUGGAAUAGUGGACGCCCAGAGGCCCACAGAAUAUGUUCCCUUAAACAGUUUGACCCUUAAGAAGCUCUUCAGGUCCAAUGCCAGUUCCAACGCGAAGGAUAAUUCAAAGGUGCAGAGCGAUCCGAGUUGGUGGUCUACUGUUGAAAACAGCCGGAAGAACCGCAAUCGAUACACUUUCCAACCAAAGACGUCCACACGUCUUCUGAAUCAGUUUCUGGACCUGUACUCUCCGGAUCUGACCCAAAUCGAAGACGCCAGUGUGAGAGAGGAGCUCUUAUAUAUGCUAAACUACUUCGUAAUCAAUGACUAUGAAGUCGACAAAGGACACGUAUUCGAAGAGACGUUCAUCAGGAUGAGUGGAAAAGAGCCUGAACGUCGAAAAGAGAUCAUUCCACCCCAAAGACAGAGCAUCAUUUCCAGCUUUGUUGACGAAACUCUUCGACAACGAACGGUCAUUGACACCUCGACUUUCUACCCGCAAUUGAGCAAAUUUACCACAAAAGACGAAAGUAGUGAAAGUUCAGAAACGAUCAAUAAUGGUAACCAAAAUUCCAAGAUAUUUAGCAUUAAGGCCUACUUCACCACUCCUGCCACAUUAAGACCAACAAUUGGGACCACCAGCAAACUCGAUUUGUCCCUUCCUUCAAAUAAAACACAUCAAGUUGAACGGACCACAGUCAAGACAGUAACUAUUUCAACUUCAUCCUCCACCACCACAACAACAGAACAGACCACUUCAACCACCUUCUCCACGGAAUCGGACAUUAUCCCCACGAAAAGUAUUAGCGCCCAAGAGACCAGCACCUUCGCCCGCAGCUCACAACCCACAUUUCCUACAUUAAAAAUGCUAACAUCCAAACCGGAGCAAUCCAAAAUCACAUUGCAAGAACUGCUCCAAAACCCCAACCCAAAACCAUCGUCAUUGUCACCAGAACCUACUUCAUCCCAUAUUGGCCUGAGCUCAGACAAAUAUCUUCUAACCCGUCCCGGGGGAACCGAUUUUGUGUCCCCAUUCCUUUACCAAAAGGCCUCAUCCGAGCACAAGUUACAGUAUUUCCGACCGAUUAACAAAGUACCAUCGCCAUCGUCCCCUCAGAGAGAGAACAUCACCACAGCUUAUUUGGCGGUUUCCCCAUUUGUGACCACAGAACAAGUUCCUCGAAAGGCUCCCCUUAAUUUUUCAUUCAUUGAAUCACCCUUCUUUUUCCACUCGGACGAGUACCACGAGGAGCCUCCGUACCAUUCCGAGCCUUUGGAAUCCCCAUUUGCAGUGGAUCUAGGGCCAACCUACAAACACCCUCAUCACGAAAAACAUAAACUCCAUUAUCCAAGCAAGAAUGACGAUUACCACGACCGUUACGUUCACGCCGACUUCAAUCAUCACCGAGCUGGCUCCAAUGUUCCCGAUUUGAGCCUUGCAGAAAAGAAUUUCAUCAAGCAUCGCCAAGCCACCCCUUUUACUGGAGGCUUGAAGUCCCCCGUCAAGCAUCCAUAUCAAGAUUCUGGACCCGUCCAUCAAGACCAAAGGCACUCUUCACUCCCUCAGGACGGCGUUGAAGCUACGACGACCGAGAGCAAUGAUAGAAAUCGAUUGAAUAGUUUACAUACUUUCAGCUACAAGAUGCCCAAAUUUGACUUUGAUACCGACAUACGGAACUUGAACCCAGUGUUGUCUGGCCGAAAUAAGGCAUCUCGCCCGACCAUCGUGAAUAGCUAUGUUCAAUUACAACGCCCUACUUCAAGGACAACAUCUACCCCUACAAGCCCCACAGAACCCCCGACUCGAAGAACCAGACGGCCAACGAGAAACCGAGCUUCUGACAGAAUGCCCUCUAGCUCCAUAUCGAACCGCCCAGCCAUUCGAAAUCGCAUCAUGACCACCACGCCCAUAACACCUUUCUCUGAACCAAAGAGACCUCGCUUGCAAUCGAGCUUGAAGCCACCCAGUGCCAUUGCAUCCUUAUUCAAUACAGGAGUGGAAAUUCGUACGGCCGAUGCUCAGGCGGAGCCUUUGCUUCAAACCAUCUCCAGCAGCGGACCCAUUGACUUGCCCCCAUCGCUACUACUCCAUGCGGAUUUGAAUAAGUACGCAGUUCCGGAGACUUCAGGUGGUAAUCGCCAACCGAAUCGCGGAGGCUCAACGACGUCCAAUCAGCAGAGCAUGCAAGCUCCACGGCAAGUCAAUAGACAAACGACAUCCAAACGAACCCAAAACCGUUGGAGAGAUAUCUUGACAAAAGAGGACUCAAGUGAGAAGGUCAAGCUAAAGGAGUUGAAGGAGUUGCGCAAUCAGAAUUUGCUAUUGCUCCAAAUCUUGCAAAACGCGUUCGGAGAGGAGGAUCGCAAUUCCUCCCCCCCUUCUUCGUCGAGUUCAAGGGGGAGUUCUGACAACAGGCGGCAGUCUUCCUCGUUAUUUUCCAAUCCUGUAAAAAUUGUUCCGCUAGGUUAUGGUCAACGAAAGAAGCAACCAAAGAUCGACAGGUUCACUAUCUUAAAAGCCCAAAAGAUUCCUACUCCAGAUAACAGACGUCGCUUCAGGUGAACAGAUCAAAUCUUCAAUGCUACUUUAAACACUGUUGCGGCAAACUUCUAUCUUUUGAGUUCUACGGUGUUCAAGUACUCUCUCGCUCUCUUUUUUGUUCUAAAUCUAAUCAAACCACACAAGAUAAAAACAAUAACCAAUCACUUA